AUGAUAAGAAGUGAUCUUCGUUCACAUUGUGAAGUUGUUGAGGAUGAAGAAGGGGAAGAGGAGCUUUCUGCAGACAAACCAUUCGCAUGUUUCUGCAAGAAUCGAGAUUAUUGCAAUAAAAAUAGUGUUGCUGAAAAGCUCGAAACAGAAAAAGUGCCAUUAUAUACAUGUGUUUGUAAAGGCGAUCAUUGUAGGGACAAAACAAAGUGUGUCGGUGAAUUGUGCACUUAUGUAGUCAAUCACAAGACAGGUGUAACCGAGCAGGGUUGCGUGAAUGCAUCUGUGCCGUUAAUUGAACGAAGAAGUGCUGGGGCAUGUACUAUUCCACCAAUAACUGGAGCUAUGCAUCGUUCAGUGUCCAAAUUACCCGAUGAACUGUUGUAUACAGAAUCUUGUGUUUGUGAGGGCAAGAACUGCAAUGCUAAAAAACCAAAAAUCCGAGUGCCAGAACGUUCCAGAUGUGAAGCAAUGGUACACGUUGAUGUAAUGGGUCAUAAUAUGACUAGCAAAAGUAAUGCCAAAUGCACAGGAGAAUUUUGUUUUAAAGUGGAAAUUCGUUCAGAGAUUGGGAAUAUGAAAGAAUAUAGAUCGAUGGGCUGUGCUUCAUUUGUUGAUAAAUCAGUACUCCCAGAAGAAUUAUCACCUACUGGAUGUGCCAGUUUUUCUUCAGAAAAAUUAUUUGUUGAAGCUUGUUUUAGGGUAAAGAAAUUUUUCUCAGUAAGACCUCAUUAUAGGAGACCUUAUUAG